AUGGCUCUGACCCCUGUCCAUCGCUCUCCCCUAGGACUCGGRGCUGCAGGAAAACCUCCCAAACCAGGGGUCGGAGGACUUGGGGGACUCGGCCCCCUUGGCCUGCAGCCAGGUGCUGCGGGUCUGUUCCCCGGAGGUGCCUUCCCCGGAGGGGCGUUCCCUGGAGCCGCCUCGGCCGCCGCGCUCAAGGCUGCUGCAAAAGCUGGUGCUGGCAUUGGAGGCGUGGGUGGAAUUGGUCCCGGUGGCCUCGGGGUCUCCACAGGUGCCGUGGUACCGGGCGCGGUGCAGCCCGGCCUGGGCGCGGCAGGGAAACCCCCUAAAAUACCAGGUGCUGGGAUUCCUGGAGCUUUUCCGGGCGGUGUGCUCCCCGGCGCAGGUGUUCGCUUCCCUGGYGUGGGGGUGCUGCCCGGAGUGCCCACUGGAGCUGGAGUCAAGCCUAAAGCACCAGGAGUUGGAGCCUUUGGAGGAAUCCCUGGACUGGGAGGUUUUGGAGGUCAGCAGCCCGGAGUCCCUCUGGGGUAUCCCAUCAAAGCUCCUAAGCUCCCAGGUGGUUAUGGACUGCCCUACACCAAUGGCAUCAGGCCCGGCGGGAUAGGAGCCGGCAUCCUGGCAGGAAAGGCAGGAUACCCCACCGGGACAGGGGUCGGAGCACAGGCGGCAGCAGCAAAGGCAGCAGCGAAACUUGGAGCCGGAGUCUUGCCCGGCGUUGGCGGCAUCCCGGGAGUCGCACCCGGUGUCGGAGUCGGCGCUAUCCCUGGAGUUGGGGUCGGAGGGCCCGCAGCGGCAGCGGCAGCGGCGAAGGCAGCGGCGAAGGCGGGAGCUUUUGCUCCAGGGGCGGUGCCUGGAGUGGGAGGUGUCCCCGGSCUCGUGCCCGGCGUYGGAGGCGUCCCCGGAUUGGUGCCCGGUGUCGGAGGUGUCCCCGGGGCGGUGCCCGGUGUCGCAGGUGUCCCCGGGGUGGCAGGUGACUGUCCCAGGAGCCCUGUCCCCACGGUCCAGCUCAGCAGGGCCGUGGUGGCUGAGGGUCCCUGUCUCCCUUGUCCCCAGGRGUGCCGUCGGCGGCAGCAGCAGCAAAGGCAGCUAAGUACGGUGCUGGAGUUCCCGGUGUUGGUGUYGGYGGYGUCCCCGGCCUCGUGCCCGGCGUCGGAGGCGUCCCCGGAUUGGUGCCCGGUGUCGGAGGCGUCCCCGGGGCRGUGCCCGGUGUCGCAGGUGUCCCCGGGGUGGCAGGRGUGCCAUCGGCAGCAGCAGCAGCAAAGGCAGCUAAAUACGGUACGUGCAGCGUGGGGGACUCAACCCCGGGACCCCUGCCCACCCUGAAACAYGGGGGGUGCC